UGCCCCUGGUUGUCCCUUUUCCGAUUUCUUUCGAGUGAAGGAGAGAGGUGCAGUCUCGACAAUUUGUUUUUAUUCAAGCAAAAGAUCACAUUGCAAUGGCCAUCGACGACUUGAAAACCCCCAAAGGUCUCAAGGACCUCGACACUUAUCUCGCUGACCGGAGCUACAUUGAAGGAUAUCAGGCAACUCAGGCCGAUGUAGCUGUGUACGAGGCUCUUGGAAAGACACCAAGCCCAGCGAAUCCCCACGUUCUCAGAUGGUACAAUCACAUCAAGUCCCACGAGUUGAAGAAACUUCCGGGUGAAAAAAAGGCCCCAUCUGUUCUCGGUGGAGGUGCACCAGGUGCACCAGCUGCCAAAUCCGCUGAGAAAGACGACGAUGACGAUGAGGUUGAUCUCUUCGGCUCUGAUGAGGAGGAGGAUGCAGAGGCCGAGAGAAUUAGAGAAGAGAGACUCAAGGCUUACGCCGAGAAGAAAGCCAAGAAGCCCGCUCUUAUCGCCAAGUCCAGCAUCAUCAUUGAUGUCAAACCUUGGGAUGAUGAAACAGACCUUAAAGCCAUGGAGAAAGCUGUUAGAUCAAUUGAAAUGGAUGGUCUUGUCUGGGGAGUUUCAAAAUUGGUGCCAGUGGGCUAUGGAAUCAAGAAGCUCCAGAUAGUUUGUGUCGUUGAGGAUGACAAGGUAUCUGUCGAUGAGCUCGUCGAAAAAAUCCAGGACUUCGAGGAACACGUACAAUCUGCGGACAUUGCUGCAUUCAAUAAAAUCUAAAUAAACUACUUUCAUCUUUUACUCUCGAAUAAAGGCAUAUUAAUUGUUUGUAAUAUCUGCUUCAAUUAUUUAAAUUAGCCUUGAAGUAUCACUUGUCGACAAUAAACAAUGAAAUAAUACAUUAUUAAAUUAA